CUUGCUUCUCUUUUGCACACUCAUGUGGUGGCCUCAUGCUACAGUUUCGAUUACGUUGGAAAGCUUAAAUGCUACCGGUUCGAUUAGAGAUGGUGAUACCAUGGUUUCUGCAGGUGGAAUCUUCAAACUCGGAUUCUUUAGCCCUGGUUCCAGCACCAAAAGGUACUUGGGGAUAUGGUAUACGAAUUCCAACACGACGGUUCCGUGGGUGGCUAAUCAGGAAACGCCUCUCAAUGACACCUCUGGUGUUUUACAUGUUACCAACCACGGAAUCCUUAUCCUUGUAGGUGGUAAUGGCCACAGUGUUUGGUCUUCCAAUGCUUCGAAUUUACCUUUGAGGCCCGUCGGCCGUCCAGUUGUACAGCUCUUGGACUCGGGAAAUCUCGUGGUUACCGAUGGAACGGGUGACACUGAUUCGGGGAACUUCAUUUGGCAGAGUUUUGAUUAUCCAUGUGAUACAUUCAUUGCAGGCAUGAAGAUUGGAAAGGACUUCAGAACUGGCCUGGACCGGUACUUGAUAUCGUGGACAAGUUCUGACGAUCCUUCGCCGGGUAUGUUCACAUACCGGUUCGAGCUAUCCGGUUUCCCAGAGGUUAUAGUAAGAGACAGUUCCACCAUAAGAUUCCGUUCCGGACCUUACAACGGCCUUCGGUUAAGUGGGAUGCUUGAAAUGAAGGAAAACCCUAUUUAUACCUUUGAUUUCGUUUUCAAUGAGCAAGAUCUAUACCUAACUUUCAAUCCACGCAACAGUUCAACUCUUUUAAGGGGAGUGCUAAGUAGUGAGAAUGGAUCCAUAGUUCCCUUCAUGUGGAACGAUCCGAAUCGAGGUUGGAUCCAAAAUCUUCCACUUUACAUCGAUAACUGCGACCGGUAUGCAUUGUGUGGUGCAAAUGGCAUAUGCGACAACAACAGGUCCCCUGUUUGUAGUUGCUUAUCAGGCUUUUCACCAAACAAUCCCGAUGAAUGGAAUUCGGUUCCAGGGUCAGGUGGUUGUGGGAGAAACAUUCAACUAAACUGCUCCAGUGUCGGAUAUAUAAGGGUCCCCAAUGUAAAAGUGCCGGAAACCAAACAUUCAUGGUAUAAUUACAGUAUGAACUUACACGAGUGCAAGAACCUGUGUUCUUCAAAUUGUUCGUGCACAGGUUAUGCUAAUUUGGACAUUACAAAGGGAGGAAGCGGGUGCUUGCUGUGGUUUACCGACCUUAUCGAUAUGAGAUAUAUAAGCGACAGUGGUCAAGAUAUAUACAUAAAGGUUUCCGCAUCAGAAAUAGCUCAAAACGAGAGCACAAGACAUGCCACGAAAGCAAAAAACAGAACAAGGAUCAUAGCAACGUCGUCUGCACUGUCUGCAGGAGUGUUGAUUGCAGUCCUAACCAUAGUCUUGUUUCUCCGAAGGAAGAAGAACCUCAAGGGAUUGCUGUCACUCAAAUCAGAUAACUUUUCUGAUUAUCAAAGUAGCAAAGACCUAGAGUUACCAUUAUUUGAUUUACGAGAUAUUGUUUCUGCAACCGAUAACUUCUCAAUCAAGAAUAAAAUUGGGGAAGGAGGUUUCGGAUGUGUCUACAAGGGUGUUCUGAAAGAUGGACAAGAAAUUGCAGUGAAGCGGCUUUCGACUAGUUCUAAACAGGGAAUCAAUGAGUUCACAAAUGAAGUUAAACACAUUGCAAAAGUUCAGCACAGGAAUUUAGUGAGGCUCCUUGGAUGCUGCAUUCAAGCAGAUGAAAAGUUGUUGAUCUAUGAAUACUUACCAAACAGAAGCCUCAACUUCUUUAUCUUCGAUCAUACUCAUAGCAUGUCACUAGAUUGGUCGACACGCUUCCAAAUUAUCAACGGGGUUGCUCGUGGGCUCCUUUAUCUCCAUCAAGAUUCUAGACAAAGAAUAAUACAUAGAGAUCUGAAAGCUGGUAAUGUGCUAUUAGACUAUGAAAUGAAUCCGAAAAUUUCAGACUUUGGCUUGGCUAGAAGUUUUGGAGAAAAGGAAACGACGGCAAACACAAAGAAAGUGGUGGGAACAUAUGGUUACAUGUCUCCGGAGUAUGCAAUCGACGGACUUUACUCGAUCAAAUCCGAUGUUUUCAGCUUUGGAGUUCUGGUUUUAGAAAUAUUGAGUGGGAAAAGAAAUAGAGGAUUCAUUCAUCCAGACCAUCACCAUAACCUUCUCGGACAUGCAUGGACGCUAUUCUGCAAUGGGAAUUCAAUGGAACUGGUUGCUGAUACGAUCAAAAACACCUGCAAUCCCCCGGAAGUAUUACGAUCUAUUCAGGUCGGCCUACUAUGCGUGCAACGCAGUCUCGAAGAUAGGCCAACUAUGUCGAAUGUUGUACUUAUGUUAAGUAGUGAAGUUCCAUUGCAUCAGCCUAAACAACCUGGAUUUUUCAAUGAGAGAGAUCUGAUUCAAGACGCUUCUUCAUCAUCAGAUGCUCAAAAACAUACUUGUUCUAAUGAUUUCUCAAUCACAGUAAUUGAGGCAAGAUAA